AUGUGUCUUAAAUUAAGGACUUUAGAUUUUAUUUAAUUGAAAAUCUAAUAAACAAAAAGUUAAAAUAAAUUAAGGACUUUAAUUAUUAAAUCUUACAACUUAAUAAAAUUCAAAUUAAUAAUGUUUAAUAUAAAAACAUCAUCAAAUUCAGAAGAGGAAUAUAUAGCAAAAAUAUUAUCUACCUUACUUAAGAUUAGAUAAUAAGAAGAGAAAUCAAUUGCAUUACAAAUAAAAUGAAGUUAAAUUAUUACAAAAUCUUAAAUAAGAAGAGUUAAAAAUGGAAGAAUAAAUUAAUUUAAAUUUAAAAUAGGAAUAAAAUAUAUCUAAUAUCAAUAAAAAUAUUGAAAAACAACAAAAAGAAAUUAGAACUACAACUAAUAUUGAAAAUAAAGGAUAAAAAUAUUAAGAAUAUGGAAUCUUCUAGAAUGGAGCUUAUACAUGUUUAAAGUGUUAAAGCAGAGUCAAAAGAACUUAAGAUCUACUUAAACAUUGGACUGUAUAACAUGGAAGAUAAGCAACAACUAGGAGGAAACGUAAUAUGAUUAAUGAAGAAACUUAAUGCAUUAAAAAGAUAUCCUAAGAGAAUCCUAAAAUAGAAAAUUUAAUUUGA